CUUGAUAGUUGAUUUACCAUAAAGUCAUGUCUAACAUUGAUCCAGAUAUCAAGGUCAUUCAUGAGGAAGAAGCUUUCUCAUCUCAACAACCCAAACAAACAUCAAUCGACCGAAUCUCACGAAAAACGCCUCAACAACACUUGAAGAGUCUAUUGGUCUUGACCACUGUAGGACUUGUGAUCUUAUGGUUCAAAGAUUUGUUUGAAACACCUCUCAGAAAUCAAGAUUCAGAAGAUCUAAAGCUUAACCGAUGGAUCGAAACUCAAACGAAUAUUUCAUGGAAUGCAUUAUUAGCGAACAUUGGUGUCAAUGGAACUUAUCCUGGUGUGGUAAUCGCUUCACCUUCGAAACAUGAACCAGAUUAUUUUUAUACUUGGACAAGAGAUUCAGCUCUUGUGAUGAAAGAAAUCGUAAUACGAUAUGAAGAUGGUGAUCAUUCACUUUUAGAAUUAAUCAAAUCAUUUGUUUCAGUUUCAAAGCAUAUUCAAGAUCAAUCUAGAUUGCAUUCUACUGUUGGUUUAGGUGAACCAAAGUAUUAUGUUAAUGGUGAUGUGUUUAUGGGUCCUUGGGGUAGACCUCAACGAGAUGGUCCAGCCUUGAGAGCCACAACUCUAAUCAGAUUCGCCAAUGUCUAUCUUGAACGUGGUGGAGAAGAGGCUUCAAGUUAUGUUCGUGAAGUAUUAUAUGACGGAAAGUGGGAAUCGAGGAGUGUUAUAAAAGCUGAUCUUGAGUAUAUCGCUUCAACUUGGUCGAAGACGUCUUUCGACUUAUGGGAAGAAGUAGACGGACAUCAUUACUACACCUUUGCAGUCAUUCAGAGCGCCCUUGCAGAUGGAGUUAAAUUUUCACGUCAAAUGGAUGACCCAGGUGCAGCAGAUUGGUAUCAGUUACAAUUGUCUGCUAUCACUCCUCGAUUAGAUCUAUUCUGGGAUGACCAGAGAGAUGUGAUCAUGGCUACUCAAAAUUGGACAUAUCCAUACGGUAAAACCUCUUGGUUAGACGUCAGCACGAUCUUGGCGAGCCUACAUACCGAAAACAAUGAUUCCCCAUCGAAACCUUCAUCAUCUCGAAUCCUAGCCACUCAUCAUGCGCUAGUCGAGUCUAUGAGGGAUCUUUAUCCCCUCAAUCGUCUCUACGCAUCCCGGCCCGCCAAGGCUAUCGGACGUUAUCCCGAAGAUGUGUAUGAUGGUGUCGGAAAGAGUGAAGGUAAUCCUUGGUACCUCGCAACUUUAGCAUGUGCUGAGAUGCUAUACCGAACCAUUCACGACUCAUACCAACUUUUAAAGCUCGAUACUUCCAAGUCAAUUCACAUUGGUCACGAGGAACUCGCUUUCUGGAAGCAGUUUGAUCAUCAUGACGAUUUACAUAGUGGUUCUGAAAUCAGUAUAACUAGUCAUAAGAUGAUUAGAAUUCUUUCUGAAGCGAAAUUAGUCGCUGAUGAUUAUGUAAGGAUCGCAAGUCAUUGGAUCACCAAUAAUGGUAGUAUGCAUGAACAGUUUGAUCGCUACCAUGGAACUCCAAAAGGGGCUAGAGACUUGACAUGGAGUUAUGCUUCAUUUCUUUCUAUGAAUAGAGCUCGGAAGUCGGUUCUUGCACUUCAGACUCGUGACAGCUUAUCAUUCUCAUGUACCCAUCUUUGAUGUAAUAUUACCGGAACUUUCAAGUGUUGUAUUGUUAUUUAAGCUUAUCAGUAAUGUAAAUUAUCAUGUGCAUUGGUCCCUCCUGUAUUAAUGAGAGGUGUUGGA